UUUCCUUGCCCUCUCUUUGAUACCCCAGACAAAAUGCAGCGUGCGUUGACGAGGGCAUCUGUCUCUUCGCCGCUCGCGGCUUCUCGCGUCCGGUCCACCCAGCAGCUCCGCUUCGCUCACAAGGAGCUCAAGUUCGGAGUUGAGGGUCGGGCUGCUCUCCUCAACGGCGUCGAGACCCUCGCCAAGGCCGUGGCUACCACUCUCGGUCCGAAGGGCCGCAACGUUCUCAUCGAGUCGAGCUUCGGCUCGCCCAAGAUCACCAAGGAUGGCGUGACAGUUGCCAAGGCCAUCUCCCUGAAGGACAAGUUCGAGAACCUCGGUGCCAAGCUCCUUGCCGACGUCGCCUCCAAGACGAACGAGGUUGCAGGUGACGGUACCACCACGGCGACCGUGCUUGCCCGUGCUAUUUUCUCCGAGACCGUCAAGAACGUGGCUGCUGGCUGCAACCCCAUGGAUCUCCGCCGCGGUAUCCAGGCCGCUGUUGAGUCGGUCGUCGAGUAUCUCCAGCAGAACAAGCGCGAUAUUACCACCAGCGAGGAGAUUGCCCAGGUCGCCACCAUCAGCGCCAACGGUGAUGAGCACAUUGGCAAGCUGAUCGCCAACGCCAUGGAGAAGGUCGGCAAGGAGGGUGUCAUCACCGUCAAGGAGGGUAAGACGCUGCAGGACGAGCUCGAGGUCACCGAGGGCAUGCGCUUCGACCGCGGCUUCGUCUCGCCUUACUUCAUCACCGACGCCAAGUCCCAGAAGGUCGAGUUCGAGAAGCCCCUGAUUCUCCUGUCAGAGCAGAAAAUCUCUGCCGCCAUGGACAUCAUUCCAGCCCUCGAAAUCUCCAACAAGCUCCGCCGCCCUCUCGUCAUCAUCGCCGAGGACUUUGAGGGUGAGGCCCUCGCUGUCUGCAUCCUCAACAAGCUCCGUGGCCAGCUCGAGGUUGCUGCCGUCAAGGCCCCAGGCUUUGGUGACAACCGUAAAUCCAUCCUCGGCGAUAUCGCUGUCCUGACCAACGGCACUGUCUUCACCAACGAGCUCGACGUCAAGCUCGACAAGGUCACCCCCGACAUGCUCGGCUCCACCGGUUCCAUCACCAUCACCAAGGAGGAUACCAUCAUCCUCAACGGCGAGGGCAGCAAGGAUGCCAUUGCUCAGCGGUGCGAGCAGAUCCGCGGUGUCAUGGCUGACCCUACCACGUCCGAGUACGAGAAAGAGAAGCUCCAAGAGCGUCUUGCCAAGCUCUCUGGUGGUGUUGCCGUCAUCAGGGUCGGAGGCUCGUCCGAGGUUGAGGUGGGCGAGAAGAAGGACCGCUUUGUUGACGCCCUGAACGCCACCCGCGCUGCCGUCGAGGAAGGUAUCCUCCCUGGUGGUGGCACUGCGCUCAUCAAGGCCUCGUGCAACGCUCUCAACGACCUGAAGCCCGCCAACUUUGAUCAGCAGCUCGGUGUCAGCAUAAUCAAGAACGCCAUCACCCGGCCGGCGCGGACUAUCGUCGAGAACGCCGGCCUCGAGGGUUCCGUCAUUAUUGGCAAGCUCAGCGAUGAGUAUGCCAAGGACUUCAACAAGGGUUUCAACAGCGCCAAGGGCGAGUAUGUGGACAUGAUCCAGGCCGGCAUCCUCGACCCUCUCAAGGUCGUGCGGACUGGCCUCGUUGAUGCCAGCGGUGUCGCCUCGCUGCUCGGCACCACCGAGGUGGCCAUCGUUGAGGCUCCCGAGGACAAGCCUAUCGGCGGUGGCAUGGGCGGUAUGGGCGGUAUGGGCGGUAUGGGUGGUAUGAUGUAAAAAUCUGUAUUUUGGGGCGACGGUUCUGGUCUUGAUGUACGGCGACUCGGUUGGGGCAUUUGCGGUGUUCUGGGAUUGUACAAAUGUGUUAUGGAAUCUCCUCUCUCGUGUUCCUCCCUGUGUUCAUAGCUGCAUAUUCCGGCUGGUGGUGGCCUUGUAUAUUACCAUGACACGGGGGUUGAGAGUAGAGGAAUAAACAAACAACGAAUGUAAUCAAUGAAAGGACUUUGAAGCUCAGG